GUCCCACUUUCUUUUAGAGAAGAUAAUGUGAGACAAAUAACGAAUUAAUUUAUCCCAUGAAUUUAACGUUUCCUCCUUAAUACCAUCCUUACCUCUCUGAACCUGCAUCUCUCCAGCUCCCCGCCACCCCACCAACAAAGCCGUAUUGACUGGACACGAGCAUCUCCCAUUUCUUUCAUAUAUCAGAUGCCCCCUCUUCCACUAGCUGUUUCUCCCAGCGCGACAUCGCCUGAUCUAAUCGCCCAAAUAUCCACAAAUCUGUCCAACACCCUUUCGACCUUCGGGCGUGGCUCUGUUCAGUAUGCUGCCGUGCUGGAUAUGUUGAGAGGGGCUAUUCAGGAGCUAGAGAUGGAGGGGGGAGGGGAAGAGACGCAGGAUGUUACCGCUAUAAAUGGUGGUGGUGGUGAAGAAACAGCAAUAGUGAAUGUUAUUGAGGACCUGAGGAAGCUAUUGGAAAGGGGCUUGAAGGUUUAAUAUCUGAAUGUUUUAUGAAGAACGAUGAUGAAUGAUGAUG